AUGUUGGGGGUGGAGGAGGAGGAGGAAGCUGAGUAUGGGCCCUGGUGCCUGGUGCACGUGAAAGCGUGUUUGAGUGGCGACGCGGGUCGAGUCGCGCUUUGCCCCAAAUCAACACCGGGCCCUCCGACCAGGAACAUUGCUCUUAUUCUCUUCCCUCCAUCUUCGUCCGCCACUUCUCUGCUGCUCUCUGCGAAGCCUUACCCCCGGGAUUGCGCAUACACUGCACCUGCAGCAUUGCUACACUACGAACCGCGGUUCACAAUGACUGUCGACGUCACCGCCACCCCGAUCGCGAACAAGGAGAACGUGCCGUCUAAGCGAUGGCCAACUCCCCAGUCGGUCGAUAAGUUGUCAAGACCGUUCAAAUGCCCUGGUUCAGCAACGAGAACAGUCGCAACCGACAGACCGGCGCGCAAGAAGAGAAGGGUCGAUUACAAGGGCGCUGAUGGCGAGACUGACGCCGACAAGCCCUACACAAAUGCCGAUCGCCUGGCUUUAGCGAACCGAGAUGCAAACAGAUUCCCCGUUUUCCAGGCCAAGGACAAGUCAACAGUAUUUCGCAAGGCAUUCUCGGUGCCUCUGAUCAACAAGAAUACCAGUGCCUAUAACCCGAAUCGACCUCCGCCAACCCUUGGUCUGCGCACGGGAGCACAAUUCAUUGCCAAGCCGUUGCACGACCCCAGUGGCGAGUUUGCCAUUGUGCUAUACGAUCCGACUAUCGAUGAUAAGCCCAAAGAGCCCGAGAAGAAGGAAGACAAGAAGGAAGCCGAGGCCGAGACUAAGAUUGACGCGCCUCUCGUCCACAAGAGUCUGGCGGAGAUUCUCGGAAUCAAGAAGAAGGUCGAAGGGGAGCACCCCCGAGUUCCUGUUGUAAUCGACCCACGGUUGGCCAAGGUUCUCAGACCACAUCAGGUCGAGGGUGUCAAGUUCAUGUACAGAUGCGUCACUGGCAUGAUUGAGGAGAAGGCCAAUGGCUGCAUCAUGGCCGACGAGAUGGGUCUCGGAAAGACCUUGCAAUGCAUCACUUUACUUUGGACCCUUCUGAAGCAAUCCCCGGAUGCUGGAAAGAGCACAAUCCAGAAAGCAAUUGUUGCGUGCCCUUCCAGUUUGGUGCGCAACUGGGCCAACGAAUUGGUCAAGUGGCUCGGUGCCGAUGCCGUCACACCUUUUGCAAUUGACGGAAAGGCGUCCAAGGAAGAGCUCACGCGACAGCUGCGACAGUGGGCUAUUGCGAGCGGCAGAUCAGUCACAAGACCAGUCAUCAUCGUAUCUUACGAGACUCUUCGGCUGAACGUUGAGGAGCUGAAGCACACCAAGAUCGGCCUUAUGCUUUGCGAUGAAGGCCAUCGUCUCAAGAACGGAGACAGUCAGACUUUCAGCGCACUCAACAAUUUGAAUGUCACAAGACGAGUCAUUCUGUCCGGAACGCCCAUUCAGAACGACUUGUCCGAGUACUUCUCCUUGAUCAGCUUCGCUAACCCGGAUCUCCUGGGUACUCGGCUCGAGUUCCGCAAGAGAUUCGAGCUUCCGAUUCUUCGCGGGCGUGACGCCGACGCCCUCGAGUCUGAAAGGAAGAAGGGCGACGAGUGUCUGUCCGAGCUCUUGGGCAUUGUCAAUAAGUUCAUCAUUCGCCGCACCAACGACAUCUUGUCCAAGUACUUGCCCGUCAAGUACGAGCAUGUCGUGUUCUGCAAUCUUGCACCCUUUCAGCUCGACCUUUACAACUACUUCAUCACCAGUCCGGACAUUCAGGCGCUUCUCCGUGGCAAGGGCAGUCAACCCCUCAAAGCCAUCAACAUCCUCAAGAAGCUCUGCAACCACCCGGAUCUGCUCAACAUUUCGGACGAUUUGCCUGGUUCGGAGAACUGCUUCCCCGAUGAUUAUGUCCCGAAAGAGGCGCGUGGCAGAGAUAGAGAUAUUAAGCCUUGGUACUCAGGCAAGAUGCAAGUCCUCGACCGCAUGCUCGCCCGUAUCCGCCAGGACACAAACGACAAGAUUGUACUCAUCAGCAAUUACACACAGACGCUUGACCUGUUCGAGAAGCUCUGCCGUAAUCGUGCUUACGGCUGCCUGCGCCUUGAUGGCACCAUGAACGUCAACAAGCGCCAAAAGCUCGUUGACAAGUUCAACAACCCGGACGGAGAUGAGUUUGUGUUCCUACUCAGUUCCAAGGCUGGUGGCUGCGGUCUCAACCUCAUCGGCGCCAACCGCUUGGUCCUCUUCGACCCCGACUGGAACCCCGCCGCAGACCAACAGGCCCUCGCUCGAGUCUGGCGUGACGGUCAGAAGAAGGACUGCUUCGUCUACCGCUUCAUUGCCACGGGAACCAUUGAGGAAAAGAUUUUCCAGCGCCAGUCCCACAAGCAAUCGCUGUCCAGUUGCGUCGUCGACUCCGCCGAGGAUGUUGAGCGGCACUUUUCGCUCGACAGUCUGCGCGAGCUGUUCCAGUACCGGCCCGGCACCAAAUCCGACACGCACGACACGUUUAAGUGUAAGCGGUGCAAGCCCGAUGGCAGGCAGUAUAUGAAGUCGCCUGCCAUGCUGUACGGCGACACGAGCACGUGGAACCACUUUGUCAACGAGGGGUUGAAGCCGAUUCAGGACCUGUUGCUGAGGCAGGAGUGUGGGGAGCCGGAAGUGUCUGCCGUGUUCCAGUAUAUUUCGCAUUAG